ACACGCCUUCGUGGUGUGGUCCAAAUCGGCCAUGAGGAUGUUUGUGGACGCCUUCAGCAAGCAGGUGUUCGACAGUAAGGAGGGCUUGUCCACAGCAGCCGAGUGUGUGAAAGUGGCCAAGGAGCAUUGUCAGCAGCUGACCGACAUCGGCCUGGACCUGACCUUCACCCUGCAGUCCCUGCUGGUCAAAGACAUCAAGGCGGCCCUGCAGAGCUACAACGACGUCAUCAUCGAGGCCACCAAGCACCGCAACUCCGAGGAGAUGUGGAGGAGGAUGAACCUCAUGACCCCCGAGGCUCUCGCUAAACUCAAGGACGAGAUGCGCAGCUGCGGCGUCGGCAGCUUCGACCAGUACACCGGCGACGACUGCUGGGUGAACCUGAGCUACACCAUCGUGGCCUUCACCAAGCAGAUGAUGGGCUUCCUGGACGAAGGCCUGAAGCUCUACUUCCCCGAGCUGCACAUGGUGCUGCUGGAGAGCCUGAGGGAGAUCAUCCUGGUGGCCGUGCAGCACGUGGACUACAGCCUGCGCUGCGAGCAGGACCCGGAGAAGAAGGCCUUCAUCAUGCAGAACGCCACCUUCCUCCACGACACCGUGCUGCCGGUGGUGGAGCGGAGGUUUGAGGAGUGCGUGGGCAAGCCCGCCAAACAGCUGCAGGACCUGAGGAAGAGCACCAGGCCGGUUCGGAUCAACCCGGAGAGCACCAUCUCCAUGGUGUGAAGCUGCACGAAAAGAAUGACGUGCUCCUCCGCUGACUGUCGUGGCAAUUACUUUCGGAAUAGCUGCCAGGUGUUGGUUGUUUUGAGGUUCGCAGGACAGGAAAUGACAGAAUGCAUCAUGGAGAACGGAGGAAUACGAUACCUCGAGAGGGGUCUGUGUAAACCACUAUUUGUACCGACUCGCACAAAAAUUGCCUUUCGAUGUCGGCUAAUAUUGAUGAGAAAUGAUCAGAUCUGUGAGAGACGACCCAUUGGAAAUGUCCCAUUUGUCAGUGGAAAAUUCAUUUUGAUCUACGUUCUAAUUUGCCACAUUGCAGUGUGUUUUCAUGUCAGUGCGUGUGUGUGUGUGUGUGUGUGUGUGUGUGUGUGUGUGUGGACACAUUUGUAUGAUCGUUAAAUUAAUACGGGACACAUUUCAAGCAGCUGAUGAAUAUAUAUAUAUACAUCUUCUGAUCAGACGGGUUAUGAGCAGUUUUGUGCUUGUGUUACCCAAUUCUCUCUAAUAAUUUCAAAAAACAACUUAUUAAAGCUAUUGGUAAACAAAUCCUCAUCUCAAUGGAUUGUGUACGUACUCUCCAUCAAAAAGUAAAGUAAUAUAUUAUGGUGUUUGAUUCCGACUCACUGGACUGCUGAGGCACUAAAUAUCAUUCACACAUAGGACCCAUGGAAGGGACGACUGAAGAGGAGACGCACUGUUGCCUGUUCACUGUUCUGAUAGUUCAGUUUGUGUUGGAGACAAACACAUGAAAUGAAAUAAAGAUCUUCAUGCACAGUC